AUGCCAACCGUAGACCAGUACAUAUUCGAGGAUGGCAUCACGUACGGGGCAAUCACGAAACGAGGGCACAGCAAGGCCCUUCCGCUGAACAUAGCUAGCGGGGGUGCUCUCGGGAUAGGACAGCCUGGCGGAGAUUCUUCGAAGGGCAUCGCGUUCGUUGGCGCCGGUGGAGACGACACCGAGUCGUACGUGGACCCAUCAGCGUUGCUCUUUGCCGACGAAGACAUCGACAAGUUACUCAAGUUUUUCGAUAAAGCUGGGCGCGGGGACGACAAGGUCACGCUUGAGGAGAUGAUUUCUGGCUUUCGCAAGAUACGGAGGAAGUGGGCCACCGUUAAGGCCGAAAGAGCCGGUCGAGUCGUUCUGGCCAAGGUCGUGCGGUUGAUGAGACGGGCGGGGAUGUCUCUCGAAGAGUGGUUCAAGUUCAUGGAUACAUCUCAGGAACCCGACCCGAGGCAUGCUGGUGGGGGAGGCGAGCGUGGACAGCAAGGGGAAAGCAAACCUUUGGGCGGUUCAGCUCAAGGUGAUGUUAGUGGUGGCUCACUGGGGAGCGCUGUUCCAAUGGGGCACCAUCAGCCAGAAGGAACUCAUGGUGCGAGCCUUUACGGCGACAACGGAAGCGUAGAUGCUCGACGUUUAUCACGGGUGAUGAAUGUGCUAUCGGGAAGCCCUUGCGGCGGCGGUAUUGAUGGUGGCGGUGGCGGUGGCGGUGGCGGUGGUGGUGGUGGCGGCGGCCGGAGCAACACCAUCGUAACACGGUCUGACGAAGAACCCGGAUAUGAAAUCGAUCGAUGUGAGAGUGACCUGGUUCCGACGGGGGCUAAGGAACGACCUUCGGCCGGGCAAGAGCAGUGGUGCGGGACCGACAAUCAGGCGGGACACAUCGAAAACAACAAAGAGGAGGGGGCGGAAUCGAGAACGAGAGCUUCUUCGAUAGACGUACUGAACGCCGGCAGGGCCAUUGCUUGUCGGGAGCACGCACUGGAUGGCAUGGUGUAUCUAGGGCAGAGGGCGUAUUUCCUAGGGCUUGAGAGCGAGACGUUCACUUCGAAGGACGUCAGCGACCUCAUGCGCUUUAUCGAUACGGACGUCGAUUUCUCUCUGGACAUCCGGGAAAUGCGGCUAGCGAUUUCAAGACUACAUGCCGACGAAGACGAAGAUGAUGCCAGGACGAGCGAGGCCGGAAACCUUCUGCAGGUGCUGGAGAGCUACAUGCACCGAACGGGGGCACGAUUCACGGACGUGUUCUUCUUCUUGGACAGGGAGCCCGCGCGGCGAAAGGCUCGGGCGAGGGCGAAGGCCGAGCUCGCCGAAGAAAGGAUCCGGCAAAAGGAGUUGAGAACGGCCGAAGCACAUGACGCGUCGGAGAGGCUGGAGAUGUACAAGAAGGCGGGGGUGUACGCGGUGCUGAAGCGGAUAGAGGUGUGGCAAACGCGCACCGGCAAGCACCUUAGCGAAAGCUUUCGCGGCAGCACGGGUGAUGGUACCGGCAAUCAUGGCUUGGAUGUCGACGAACUGGCGGCGUUCAUGCGCAACCUCGACUUCGAGCUCAGCCCGGCGGAGGCCAUGUUGGUCCUACGGCACCUUGACGGAGGAAACAAUGGGCUCGUGGAGGUUGGCGAGGUGGCCACCGCCGUCCGGGACAUUCGGAGGUACGAGAUGAUCGUCAAGGCCGCGCGAGAAGACCACAUUCUCAGCGGUCCCAGCAGUGGCGGUCGUGCUCGGAGGCCGCCGCUGGCCACCGCCGGCACCGUCAGCAGCUACGAUGCUGCUUUCGACGAUGCUGGGCAUGACGACUAUGGUGCAGAUGGCGCGGGCGUCGAGGGCGGGGUCGGGUACCUUUGGGAGAGUCCGGGAGUGUACGGGCGAGAACACUUUCCUUCGUCAUUCGAGGGCGUCGACUGCGCCCGCCAGAGGCAGAAGAAGCCAACGCGGGACACUCGUCGCCAGCAGGCGUCCGACCACUGCCGCCACCGACACCGGCAGUUGCGACGGUAG